AGGACGCAGAUAAGAGGGGGGAGGUAGUCCGAAUACAGGGUUGUGUAUCCAACUUGGUGAGCUGGACAGUCACUGGGAAGUCUGUUGUUGUUUCAUUUUGAUCAUGGCUACUGUUCAAACUGAGGUCUCACUGUGCUCAAGAACUUGGCAGAGGCCCUUCCACAUAUAUGGGGGUCUGGCGUGCAACUCACUGAUGGCUGACACCAGCUCGGACAGAACUCCUCUCCACGAAGCUGCCUACCAGGGAAGACUGCUCCAGCUCAGAAACCUCAUUGCUCAGGGCUUCUAUGUGGACACACUCACCAUGGACAUGGUCUCCCCCCUGCAUGAGGCUUGUCUCGGUGGUCAUUACGCCUGUGCCAAGGUCCUGCUGGACAAUGGGGCAAAUGUGGAGACAGUAUCAACAGAUGGCGCCACACCUCUCUACAACUCUUGCCGGAGUGGAAGCGCUGCUUGUGUCAGGCUCAUCUUGAAGCACAGCACUUUCAUUGGCACCACCUACCAGCUGGCAUCACCCAUUCACGAGGCCGCGCGUAAAGAUCACAGAGAGUGUCUGGAGCUGCUGCUGACCUACGGAGCUCAUGUUGACAUAGAGCUGCCAGUGGUGGGGACGCCGCUGUAUUCUGCCUGCAUGGCCCGGGCUGCAGCCUGUGUAGACGUCCUGCUGCGCGCAGGAGCAGAUGUUGAGGUCGGCUGUGGGCAGGACAGUCCCUUACAUGCUGCGGUUCAAGGUGGGGGGGCAAACAUUGUGGACAAUCUGCUGGAAUUUGGGGCCGACAGGUGUUGUAGGAACGCAGAUGGAAAAACUCCUCUGGAUCUGUCGAUGCCAAACACUGCAGUAAGAGCGGCACUGCUGAAAAGAGGUCCCUGCUCGCUGUCUCAGCUGAGUCGUUUCUGUAUUCGGAGAAGUCUGGGAAGAACUCGUCUUCACAGAGUGUCCAGCCUUUUCCUUCCUCACAGAAUCCAAAAUUUCCUCCUCUACCAAUGAGACAACCUGCUUUUGUGACCUUCUCUUUGCCACAUACUCACACAUACACACUACAUAUAGAUCGAUCUAGAUAUAUAUAUGUAUAUAUAUAUAUA